UAGACCACCACAAUACAAUCUAUCUUUCAACUUUCACUCCACCAUCAGAGCUAAGCAACGCAAUACAACACCAUGUCUCAAGAUUCAAAUGCCUUUGAGAUGGUCCAAAGGGAAGGGAAUGAGUGGGAUGAUGGAUCCGACCAUGAUGAUGUGACAAAGAUAUAUGUGAUAGGUGGUAGAGAUGGCAUACAAUUCAUCAAGAUUUACUAUGUCAAGUCUGGACAACCGAAAAAUGGGUCAUUCCAUGGAUACUCGGAUAGAGGUUUCAUGCAGAUGUUUGAGAUUAACAAUCUAGAAAAUGAAUAUCUUGAAUCUGUUGAGGGUUACUACAGCGCUGGUGGCGGGAUCAUUGAAUCACUUCAAUUCAAAACCAACUUGAGGGUCUCUGAUAUCAUGGGAUAUACAUCUACUAGUGGCAAAAAACUUAAACUGGCAAACAAUGGAAAGAAAAUUAUUGGGUUUAAGGGAACUGCUCAGUAUCUCCUUAGCGAUCUGGAUGCAUAUUUCACUCCGAUCACUCCUACAAGAAUGGAAGCGCAAGGGGGAACUGGAGGGAUAAAGUGGGAUGAUGGAGGUGACCAUGAAAGUUUAACAAAGAUUCAAGUACGUAUUAAUCAUGAAGGCAUACAAUUCAUCAAAUUCAAUUAUGUUGACAAGGAUAGACAUCCGGAAAAAGAGCAAGUCCAUGGUUCUGAGACGGGUAACGGUAACACGCUAGCACCGUUUGAGAUUAACUAUAUCAACAAUGAAUAUCUGCUAUCUAUUGACGGUUACUACGACGAAGAUUCUGGUGUAAUUCAAGGACUUCAAUUCAAAACCAACAUAAAGACUUCAGAAGUAAUGGGACACGAUGAAAAGGGUACUAAGUUCACACUUGGAUGCGACGGUCAUGAGAUCAUUGGGUUUCAUGGAUCUGCUCAAGAUAACCUAAACGCUCUUGGGGCUUAUAUCACAACCCUUCCUCUAACUAAAUUAGAAUACAUAGGUAGUGGAGGCGACAUUUGGGAUGAUGGUACUUUCCAGGGUGUAAAAAAGGUGUACCUUUAUUAUAAUGUUUAUAUAAGGUGUAUCGAGUUCGAAUAUGUUAAAGGCGGCAAAGUGGAAACCCGUGUGCACGGGACGAAGAUUAACAUGGAUGUUGCAAAAAAAGAGUUUGAACUGGAUCCAAAUGAAUUUCUCACGUCUGUGGAGGGGACUUAUGAAAAAAACCCUGGCUACACUCUUAUAACGUCGUUGACUUUUAAAACAUCAAAAAGGAGAACCUCUCUAAGAUUGGGAAAUUCGUCUGAGACUGAUAGCAAAUUCUUGCUCGAGAGGAAAGGUUGUGCUCUUGUUGGCUUCCAUGGACAGUCUUCGUCUAAAUAUCUUUUUGCUCUCGGAGCAUAUUCUUUUCCCAUGACUCCUCUUCCUGAAUCGGAGAAACUAGAUGCACAAGCUAGUGAUUGAGGAGUACUUUCCAUACACGAUGGGGGUUUCGAUAAUUAUCUUCAUGUUUGAGCCCAAAUGAAACUUUCUCCACUAAGCUUUAUGAUGCUCUUUAAUUAAUGUCUCUUAAUCCU